ACAGAAUGCCUCCUUGUGAAGGAACAGAACACCAAGUCUCCUGCUGGAGGUGCCACGUUGCCAGUGAGACUUAGGAAUUUUACUGUAUACAUCUCUACAGGUGAACAGAACAAGCUUGCAUCAUGUGGCUCCCUCUGCUGGCGGUGUUGGGUUUGAUUCUUCUGUACAGAUGGUACAGGCAGAGUCAGAUACUGACGAAUCUCACAAAUAAAUAUGUUUUUAUUACUGGGUGUGAUUCUGGAUUUGGAAACUUGCUGGCUAAGCAGUUGGACAAACGUGGAAUGAAGGUUCUGGCUGUUUGCCUAACAGAGACAGGGGCUGAAAAACUGAAGAAAGAAACUUCCAGUAUUCUACAAACAAGAAUUCUGGAUAUCACUGACAGCAAAAGUGUGUGCUCAGCUGCCAAAUGGGUAUCAACCAUCGUUGGAAGUGAAGGACUUUGGGGAUUAGUUAACAAUGCUGGCUGUGGUGUUAAUUUUGCGCCCAAUGAAUGGCAAACAAAAGAAGACUUCUCCAUGAUCCUGAAUGUAAAUCUGCUUGGUACAAUCGAUGUCACUGUGAAUUUGCUGCAUCUUGUCAGAAAGGCACGGGGGCGCAUUGUAUAUACAUCUAGUGCUAUGGGGAGGUUGGCUCUUACUGGUGGGGGAUAUUGCCCUUCAAAGUAUGGCGUGGAAGCUUUUGCAGACAGCUUAAGGCGGGAAAUGCGUGCAUUUGGUGUAAAAGUUGCUAUCAUAGAGCCAGGAGCUUUUAAAACUCCAAUGACUGCUUGGGAGACUCAUAAAAAUAAUCUAAUCCAAUUUUGGGAAAACCUUCCUGCACAUAUUAAGGAGAGCUAUGGAGAUGAUUACUACAAGCAAAGUAUCCUGGCUUUAGAAGGACUAACACAAGCAACCAGUCCAAGGACGUAUGAAGUCUCAGACUGUAUGGAGCAUGCCCUGACUGCUGUUCACCCCUGGACCAGAUACUCUCCUGGCUUGGACUCCAAACUGUAUUUCCUCCCUGUAUCUUACUUCCCCACUGCCAUCUCUGAUUAUUUGUUGUGUCGGUCUGCUCCCAAACCUGUGCAAAGUAUAUCUUAAUGUCAUACAGAAUUAACUGUUCAUUGGGUUAGCCAAUAAAGCUUGUACUUUUAUUAUUAUAUUCAUACAUGGUGGGUUAUGAGGAUUGUGAAAUACCCAAUGCCUAUUAUGGCAAGUCAUUUGGUGGGAGAUUAUUGGUGCACAUAUAUAGUCGUCUAUGAACACAUCAGAAGCACAUUCAUAACUGGGCGAAUCGGCUGUGGUGGAAUAACACAGAAAUACCCUUGACGAUCCUCAGAACUGGGCUUUGUGGGCUGCUUUAUAUAUUGUUCUGGUGAUUCUCGGGCCCCGAAGUUACAUGGAUUGCUGUGGAGCUGGUGUCAUUUUUUGGGUUCUAUAUCAACUACUAUGAUGGAUGGUAAGUGUGUGGGAUGCUUUUCAGCCCUUGGUGUGAGGAUUGCUGUAAUUGUAGAAUUUCUGGUUUUACACUGUAUUCUUGGGAUUAAAGCGGUAUUAAACCCAAAACUAAAAAUAAAAAACAUAUUGCAGUUUACCAGG